AUGACUACUCCGCGACCUCUCCAUUCGCAUACCUCAUCCCAGGCUCCGGACCAGGACCACACCCCCCCAGGCCCUUCUCCGACAGGCCACAGCCAAGGUCACGGUCACAUACAGAACCACUCCUCGUCUUCCCAGACUAAAUACAAAAUGGACAGCCCGGAGCCGCACCGACCUGCUACCCCAGAAAAGAACGGCAGGUCCUCUUUCUCCUCUAUUCGUGAGAACGACUCCGACUUGGCGCAGACUUUCACUUCCUCCAAAGUCUCCUCUUACCUACAGAAAUCAACCGAGUCUGCCAUCUACGACUCCUCCUCCCCGUCUCCUUCCCCUUCCCAGUCUCCCGUACCCUUUGCCUCUCCCUUUGCAUCCCCUUCCCAAGACAUGGGUGAAGUCCAGUUCCUUCCUCCCGUUACCCACCCCAACAGCAGACUCCAUGGCGGGUGGUAUCCUGCCACCAGCUUCAAGGGCUGGAAGCAGAUCAACGUGAAGGGCAAGACGGCCAGCCGAAGCUUCAGCGACCUUCAGGCACUGCACAUGGCUUGGAGCACCCCUCCAGCCGCACCCAAGAGCAAGGACAAGUAUAUUGGCGGCCGCGCACCCAUGGAGAGGCUCCCCCUGGAGCUGCUUGGUUCGAUCAUUGAGCUCCUCGUCCUCGAUAUCCCCCCGCCUUAUGGCACCGCGCGACGCAAUGUUGAUCUGAUGGCUCUGCUCCUGACAUCCAGGACACUCCACGCCGCGACCCUCAACACCCUGUACAAGCACAUUACCAUUCCUCACUCAAGAAUCUUCCGCAAGUUCCUAUCCAACAUCACGACACACCAUGCUCUGGGUACUAUCGUGCGGCGUAUGGACUUUAGCCACUUCAACAAUGCGACUCUGUUCGAGUCUGCCAGCGAGCGCAAAGGCACCCGGAACUUGACAGCAGAGACCUUGGUGCAAUGCCUGGACUUGACGCCGCACCUUCAGGAGUUCCUUGCCAUGGAGCACAUUGAUGACGAUCUUGGCCCUGAGGUCUUGAAGAAGCUCUUCUUCGGAAUGCCCCGUCUGCAAGCUUUGGAUUUUGCCGGAUGCACUUCGCCCGAGUUCAAGAAUUCGUUCACGUCUCUGGUUGCUAUGGACUGGCCCGACAUGCUCUCCCUCACACGACUGUCGUUCCACAAGUGCUUGACACUCCCCUCUGCGCUCUUUGAAAAAAUUCUCCCGCGUCUGGCCAACGUCACGCACCUGGACCUUGCCCAGACCAAGAUUACGGACCGAGCGCUCCAGUCCAUUCCAGUCACGGCUAAGAUUACCCACUUGAACCUUGCCAAGUGCCCUCUGCUCACUGCGCCAAACGUGAUCAAGUUCCUUGGAACCCACCCGGCAGUCAAGAACCUAGUCUACCUGAGCGUGGCCACGGAUGCUCGCAGCCAUCAACUCUUUGAUGUGGAUGACGUGACACAGCUCAUUCCCGUACUGCCCAAGUCUCUCAAGUCAUUGAGCCUGAAGGGUAGUCGCAUGGAUGAUGCUCACAUUGAUCUACUACGCCCACUGACCAAGUACCUGGAGGAGCUGGCUGUUGGGCGCAACAUGGACGUCAAUGCCGCUGCUAAGCUGCUUGAGCCGGCCGAUCCCGAGAAGGAGGAAGAGCCCCACACUCUGCGGUACCUUGACCUCUCGGACCUUUGGGGCAGCGAACUAGACCUCGUCGACCUUUUCUCAUCUCGGAACUCCUUGCUUCGACCGAGCUCGGUGCCGUUGGAAGUCGUGGAGGUAUCGGAGCAAUCAUUCAAGAGCCUAUCCCGAAACAGGACCCUGGAGCGCAUUGGUUGGUCCCUGCAAGAGAUCGGAAGCCGAUGCUGGAUGGUUCGACUUCAGGACCAUCGCAAGGAUACCGAUCGCGGCUACCGGUGGUGGAAGAUGGGCGCCGACAACUGGGGUAUGCGCAAGAUCCCAGUCGCACGCGCCGAAGUCGGUGGUAUGUACGGGUCUUUCAUGUUUGGACGCAAGCUAUGA